AGGCGGGUUUUUCUCUCUCUCUCCGCUGAAGCAGCUUCCUGGUCACCUGAGAAGCAGGAAGGAGCCUGGUGGCCCAAUUCAACCCGCCACUGGUCCGCCGCCGCCGCCGCCGCCGCCAUGGCCUCGCUUUUUAAGAAGAAAACGGUGGAUGAUAUAAUUAAAGAACAAAAUAAGGAGCUAAGAGGUACGCAGCGGGCUAUAGUAAGAGAUCGAACAGCUUUGGAGAGACAGGAAAAGCAGCUGGAAUUGGAAAUAAAGAAAAUGGCUAAGACAGGAAACAAAGAAGCUUGUAAAGUUCUAGCAAAACAGCUUGUGCAACUGAGAAAACAGAAAACUCGAACUUAUGCUGUUAGUUCGAAAGUUACAUCCAUGUCUACUCAGACAAAACUGAUGAACUCCCAGAUGAAGAUGGCAGGAGCAAUGUCAACAACAGCAAAGACAAUGCAAGCUGUUAAUAAAAAGAUGGAUCCGCAGAAGACAUUGCAAACUAUGCAAAACUUCCAGAAAGAAAACAUGAAAAUGGAAAUGACUGAAGAAAUGAUCAAUGAUACCCUGGAUGACAUUUUCAAUGAUUCUGAUGAAGAACAAGAAAGUCAGGAUAUUGUGAACCAAGUCCUUGAUGAAAUUGGAAUUGAAAUAUCUGGAAAGAUGGCCAAGGCUCCUUCAGCUGCUAGAGGCAUGCCCUCUGCAUCUACAUCCCAAAGUGCCACAAUUUCAGAUGAAGAGAUUGAACGACAGCUGAAAGCCCUGGGAGUAGAUUAACCUCGUAGUGACAUGCAGCCUGCCUUCUGCAAUAACUAGUGUCAGCAUACACACGAACUUUCAACACAGGUUUCAAUAAAAAACCAAAUUCCUUGCAAGCCUUGCCUAAGCCAUUACUGUUGACAAUAAAUUCCAGAGGCAGUUGGAAGAACUAUAGUUGCAAUCAGUUGAGAGACAACAAUACAAAGUGUGUGGGGUUGCAGAACUUAUAUACACUUGACCAAAUUGAGAUCUAUUGUAAGCAGGUCAGCCUGUUCCAUAUGGUCUAAAUUUGGAUUGUUUGUGUUAAGCUUUUUCUCCAAAAAGUACCUUGCUUGAUGAACACUCCAUUUUCCUUUAGGUUUCUAACCUCCCUUAAGUUAUUGCAAGUAACUUUCCUUGUUUUCAGUUAUUUAUCUAAUGCAAGUACAUUUAAAAAACAUUAAUUUAUAAUAUGACUUAAAUGAAACCUUACUUUUCUUUCAAUUGGAAGGUGGCAGUUGUCAUCUUCAGGUGAAGGAUAUAUAAACGUUUAGAUAGCUUUUUAUUAAGCGCCUUUUAAAAAAAUUAUUCUUGGUUUAACCAUGUGCUACAGUGAGACAUAGUCCAAGAUUUUAGUACAAUACUACUAUCCUAUUAAUAGUCGAACCUUUCUGGAAGCAAGGUUGUGGUCUAACAGUAUUUUGUGUUAGCACAAUUGGUUGUAAGGAAAGUACUGAAUAACUUCCAUUGUACUGUAACAUAGCUAACUUGAAGAGACAUCUGUGCCUUUGUGUAUAUAGUGCUUGGUUUCUUUUAAUUAAGUUUUGAAUUGUGAAAAAUGUAAUGUUAAGCCAUUAUCUCAACUUACAUAGCACUGAAAGUUAUGUGAACUCAAUAUCUACUGCUGCUACAAAGUAUGUAAAUUACUUUAACACCUGAAAAAGUAUCUUUUUCCUGAAAUAGCUUUUGUACAUACUACUAUGCAGCAUUUUUCUUUGAACAAGUGUUAUCUUUGAAAAUAUACUUUAUUGUCCAAUGUAGUAUGUUUGUUAUAUGUUACAUCCAGUUCUUACUUACAGAAAUGAUAUGUGCUUGCCUAUUUGAAAUGAAUGGAUUUACUUGGAUUUAAAAUUUUGCCUAUUAUAGUAAAAUAGUGGCUAUCUUGAUGUAUUAUAGGAAAUAUAAUUCACAUUAACUGUGUAGCAAUAUUACAGCACGAUGUGAAGAGGAGUUUCUUCUUUUGAACUGCAUUGCGGAGCUGACACUAAACAUGUAAAUGCAAAUGAUCAAGAAAAUUACUGCUGGUUGUCGAUGAAGAAUGGGAUAAAGAAAUUAUUGUGACUAUAUGAUAUUGCAUUAGAAUAUGGCAUCAGCAGCAUACAAUUAUGAUUUUUUCUGGUUAAACAUAGGGUUUAACCAGAAAACCCUACAUUCUUAAGUACAUAUACAAUUGCGGUUUGUAAUUAAAUAAAAUAGACUUUAUAUGGCACUAUUGAAUACUUGGGGUAAGUUUUCCUAUUACGGAUUUUGUAAAAAAAUUAAAAUCAAAUAAAAGCUUUUAGCUCCUA